UUGCUUAUUUUCGAAAGAAAAUCUCAUAAUAAUUUGUUAGAUUUUUGUACGUUAGUUAAUAGUUCCUAUUAUAUUUCAUCGUCGAUUAAUAUACUCACAUCAGUGCCUAAAUUGAAGAAUUCAAUGUGGGAUGUAAUAAACUAUAAAUAGAUUAAAUAUAACUUAGUUCUAGUUUGCAGUUUAGUCCGAUUGUGAUGUUAGUUUAGCUCAUAUAUUUUGGGUAUAAGCAGUCAUGGGUCGGAGCCAAGAUCCAGCUUGGACUAAGGGCACAGUCGCCCUGACUGCGGCCCGGGAACGUGGGGAUAUCGACCGCAAAUUCCAAAAUGAUUUGACAGUAACCCGAAGUAUGAUAGACCGACUGGGUCUCGAAAAGGAACUUCACGGGCAUAUGGGAUGUGUAAAUUGCCUCGAAUGGAAUUACGACGGCUCUAUAUUGGCGUCAGCUUCGGACGAUCUGCACGUCAUUUUGUGGGAUCCCUACCGAUACAAAGAGCUCCACAAAAUUGCCACUGGCCACACAGGAAAUAUUUUCUCUGUGAAGUUUGUGUCCAACGACACAUUGGCGACUUGCGCUGCUGAUGGUACUGUCCGGGUGCGCAACACGGCCGGCACAUCGCUGCUGGAGUGCUCCUGUCAUUGUGGUAGGGUGAAGAGGCUAGCUUCACCGCCUGACAACCCUAAUCUGAUAUGGUCUGCUGGAGAAGAUGGUGUUGUCAUACAACACGAUCUACGUACAAGUCACCGUUGUAACGCAGUGAACACCAAUGUCCUGGUGAACUUAAUCAAGCACUUAGGAAGGUAUGCAGAGGCGAAGUGCGUUGCGGUAAACCCUCGCCGGCCGUACCAGCUCGCAGUUGGUGCCAAUGAUUGUUACGCACGACUAUAUGAUACCAGGAUGAUCAAGUUAUCAAGGGGACAUCAAACGCGAGUGCCGACAUCGCAGAUGCUAUUCGACCGUCAGAACGUGUUGUGUUCUCGUGCCGGACAUGGUGACCCGGACAACGACGUGCCCAAAGCAGCCGUGCAGUACUUCGCACCAGGUCACCUUUCGAUGGACGCAAACGAGCACACGUUCCCAAAGAAGGCGACCACUUACGUGUCCUUUAGUAAUGACGGGAACGAACUUAUGGUCAAUUUGGGAUCAGAACAUGUUUACCUAUUCGAUAUAAACUCCGGUCGGAGGCCUAUUCUGGUGGAAAGUUUCAUAAUCCAGCACAACCACGGCAACAGGGAGGGUGAGGGCAAGCAGCCUGCCAAGAACGGCACCACCUCGCCCGCCAACGGCACCAGCGGCAACGGCACCGUCGACCCCCAGCCGCCGCUCCCAGACAGGAUACUGCAGCUGAAGGAGGCGGGUAACGAGCUGGUGAACAAGGGCGAGUACAUAGCGGCGGUGGACUACUACAACAGCGCGAUAGCAGAGUGUCCCGACCACGCCGUGCUCUACUCCAACCGAGCAGCCACCCUCAUGCGUCGCGGCUGGUCCGGUGACACGUACGCGGCGAUCCGGGACUGCUACAAGGCGAUCAAGCUGGACCCCAACAACGUGAAGUCUCACUUCCGGCUGGCGAAGGGUCUGAUGGAGCUGAAGCGUCCGCGCGAGGCUCACGAGUGUCUGCUCUACUUCAAGGACAAGUUCCCGCGUCACGCAGCAUCGCAUGCCGUCUUCCUGCUGCAGAAGGACAUCAAUGUGGCUCUCGAGAAUAUUGAGACGUUGCCUGAUGAAGUACGGGCGACCGUUGGCAACUCCGCAGCAGACGAGAACGAAGAGGCGCUGAGCACGUCGCUGUCGGAGCGUCAGCUGCGCGCCGCCGCGCUCGACUACACCGCGCGCUUCCUCGGGCACUGCAACACCACCACCGACAUCAAGGAGGCCAUCUUCCUCGGACCUCACUCCGACUUCGUCGCCGCGGGUUCCGACGACGGCAGCCUGUUCAUCUGGUGCCGGUCCUCGGGCAACGUGGCGCGCUGUCUGCGAGCUGACGAGUCCAUCCUGAACUGCGUGCAGAUGCACCCCACUCUCUGUCUGCUCGCCACCAGCGGCAUCGAGGCCGUUGUGCGUCUCUGGAGUCCUCGCUCAGAGGACGGAGGCACAGAGUCCCGCGUGGUGGCAGACCUGGAGGGGGCGACGUACGCCAACCAGCAGCGCAUGCGCAAUAAGAGUGUUUGA